AUGCGUCUCCUCCAACACGCAUGGCUGCUAUUGGCCAUUACCGCCGCCGUUGCAUCGACUACCACCUCCACCGACGGCGUCACGGCCUUUAUCAAGCGCAGGCUGCCAGACCAUGCUGCUAGCUUUCAAGUGAGCAUAGACAAUGCCGCUGCGACGUCUGCCACGUCCGGUGACCGCUACACUGUGUCCAGUGGCAGCAACGGCAAGAUCCAGAUCCAGGGCACCUCCCCCAGUGCCGUCCUGCAAGGGCUGCAUCGCUACCUCGCAGAUGUCGCUCACGUCGACAUCUGGUGGUUUGUCGGAAGCGAGCUUGACAAGGCUCCCAAGACGCUUCCGCGCCUGAACAAGACGCUCGAGGGCGCCAGCAUCGUCCCGUACCGCUAUCACUGGAACACUGUGACAACCUCAUAUACCAGCGCUUUCUGGUCAUGGGAGGACUGGGAGCUCCAGCUCGACUGGAUGGCCCUCCGCGGCGUAAAUCUCGCUCUUGCCUGGAUAGGCGUCGAGAAGAUCUUUACCGACGUGUUUCUUGACAUUGGUCUCACCCAAGAGGAAAUCAACUCUUUUCUAAGCGGCCCCGCGUUCCUGGCAUGGCAGCAUUUCGGCAACAUCCAGGGAUCAUGGGGCGGCGACCUCCCCCAAGCCUGGAUCGAUGACCAAUUCGCCCUGCAAAGGAAGAUUAUCAAGCGCAUGGUUGAGCUCGGCAUGACGCCAAUCCUGCCCGCCUUUCCCGGAUUUGUCCCUGAAAACAUCACACGCGUCUGGCCAAACGUCAGCCUGGCCGAGAGUCCCACAUGGAGCGGCUUCUCCGGCCGCUUCACCGCGGACAAGUACAUCACGCCGUAUGACCCGCGCUUUGCCGAGCUGCAAAAGGCGUUUCUCACAAAGCAAAACGAAGCCUACGGCAACGUGACCAGCUUCUGGACGCUCGAUCAGUUCAACGAGAAUAAGCCUGCCUCUGGAGAGCUCGGGUAUCUAAGAAACGUCAGUCACAACACCUGGCAGACGCUCAAGGACGCUGAUCCUAGUGCUGUGUGGGUGAUGCAAGGCUGGUUGUUUGCUUCAGACAAGGCGUACUGGACUGAUGAUCGUGUCAAGUCCUUUUUGGACGGCGUCCCCGUCAAUGAAGACAUGUUGCUGCUUGACCUCUUCGCCGAGUCUACCCCUCAGUGGCAGCGCACAGAUUCAUUCUACGGCAAGCCUUGGAUCUGGUGCCAGCUACACGGCUACGGAGGCAACAUGGGCCUUUACGGCCAGAUUGAGAAUGUCACUAGGAAUGCUGUCGAGGCCGUACAAAAGUCCCCGUCGAUUGUCGGUUUAGGCUUAUCCAUGGAGGGUCAGGAAGGCAAUGAAAUCAUGUACAAUCUUCUCCUUGAUCAAGCGUGGAGUAAGGAAGCACUCGAAACCGACAAGUACUUUUCCGAUUGGGUGACGGUUCGUUACGGAGCGGAUCAAAAAGAGAUACCUAAAGACCUGUACACUGCCUGGGACAAGGUCCGGUCGACUGUCUAUAACAACACGGAUUCUUCCGUCACAGCAGUCGCAAAGUCCAUAUUUGAGCUUGUUCCCAGCACAAGUGGCCUCGUCAACCGAACCGGCCACCACGCCACCAAGAUCACGUACGACACCGAGACACUCAUCAGCGCCUGGAACGACAUGUUCAACGCCGGCAGCCAGGCGAGAUGGCUCUUUGACAACGAAGCUUAUAGCUACGAUCUUACUGACUGGACGCGCCAGGUACUCGCCAACGCGUUCGAGGCGACGUACAACAAGCUCGUUGAAAAGUACAAGAGCAACAACAUCAAAGGCGUCAAGUGCGCCGGUAGCAGGCUUCAGGCGAUUCUGCGGACCAUGGACCAAGUCCUCGAGACUAAUGUCCACUUUCGACUGUCCACCUGGAUCCAGGCGGCGCGGAAGAGCGGCGGCGACGCUGCCGACUUUUUCGAGUACAACGCCCGCAAUCAGGUCACGCUCUGGGGCCCCAACGGCGAGAUUGAGGACUACGCCUCCAAGCAGUGGGCCGGUCUCAUUGGCGACUACUACGCCCACCGCUGGCAGAUGUUUGUGGACUAUCUCGUCGCCACGGAUCCCGGUGACUACGACCAAAUGGCGUUUCAAAAGACGCUGAUAGAGUGGGAGAAGGAGUGGAACAACAAGACCGUGCAUGGAGAGAUCAAGGCCGAAGUCGGCACUGGCAAAGACGGCAUGCAGAUUGUCAUGCGCGACACGGCAAGGAAUUUGAUGGACAUUUUCGGUAUAUAA